UAUGUUUAGAAUCCUGAGAAAUCACCCAACGAUUUCCUGUGGAAGAAGUGGAGCACCCACAAUUUGCUAAUCUUAGGUUUUAAUUUGCUAACAAGUCUGGUGUUCUGUUCAUUAGAAAUUUUGUCCUAGCUUCUUAAAACAACAAUAAAUAAAGAUUGUCUCUGUAACCUGCCUUUUGGCAAGGUUCGAAGUCCCUUGGUCCCCCCCACAAUUCUGCCCUUUCCCUCUCCAUUUUUUCCUGGGAAAUUAUUUGGCGAUUCCUCCUUGACCUAGAUGAAGGGGAAGAGUCAUCAAAAUGGAGCCAGGACAGUGGCUUUGGUUCCAAUUCAAUAGAUCCUCAUCCUGACAUUGGUGUCAUCUUUCUGAUUGGGUCUUGGAUUUGAAGAGAGAAUAGGGAGAGAUAGAGGAUGGAGAAGAAAGGUGCGACGUUGAUGCAUCGGUAUGAGCUCGGGCGGAUGCUAGGCCAGGGCACGUUCGCGAAGGUCUACCAUGGGCGGAACCUGAAGACCGGGCAGAACGUGGCGAUCAAGAUCAUCGACAAGGAGAAGGUGCUGAGGGUCGGCCUGAUCGACCAGAUCAAGCGCGAGAUCUCCGUGAUGCGCCUUGUGAGGCACCCCAACGUUGUGCAGCUCUAUGAGGUCAUGGCGAGCAAGACCAAGAUUUACUUCGCGAUGGAGUACGUCAAGGGCGGGGAGCUCUUCAACAAGGUGGCCAAGGGGAAGCUCAAGGAGGACCUUGCCCGGAAAUACUUCCAGCAAUUGAUCGAGGCCGUCGACUUUUGCCACAGCCGCGGGGUCUACCACCGUGACCUCAAGCCCGAGAACCUCCUCCUCGACGAGAAUGGCAACCUAAAGGUGACCGAUUUUGGGCUGAGCGCUCUGUGGGAGUCCCGGAGGCAGGACGGGCUGCUCCACACGACAUGCGGGACCCCAGCCUACGUGGCCCCGGAGGUCAUCAACAAGAAGGGCUACGACGGGGCCAAGGCCGACAUCUGGUCGUGCGGCGUCGUGUUGUUCGUUCUCAUGGCGGGGUUUCUUCCAUUCCAUGAUGCCAACCUCAUGGAGAUGUACAGGAAGAUUAGCAAGGGGGACUUCAGGUGCCCUCAUUGGUUCCCUCAUGAAGUCAGGAAGCUGCUCUCCAAAAUUCUUGACCCCAACCCCAGCACGAGGAUCACUGUGGACAAAAUCAUGAACAAUAGUUGGUUCAAGAAGGGGUUCAAGCGGUUCGAGCCCCCACCGUCCCCUCGGGUCGAUAGCAGCUCAACAAUGAAGGACAUCCAGGCCGCAUUCGAGCCGUUGGAUCCAGAUCCCGAAUCGGAGAAGACGGCAGCAAAACCGCCCAUGAGCCCGCUCAGGCCGGCCAGCUUCAACGCUUUCGACAUCAUAUCCCUCUCGCAAGGAUUCGACCUGUCCAACCUAUUCGAGAAGUACGCGGACCAGAGGCCUGAGGCACGGUUCACAAGCACGCAGCCGGUGUCGGCGAUCAUGUCCAAGUUCGAGCAGCUGGCGUCGACGGAGCAAUUCAAGUUCGAGAAGAACAAUGGGGUGGUGAAGCUGCAAGGGAACAAGGAAGGGAGGAAAGGGCAGCUGGCCAUAGACGCAGAGUUCUUCGAGGUCACGCCAAGCUUUUCAGUUGUGGAAGUCAAGAAAACAGCAGGGGACACAUUGGAGUACAAGGAGUUCUGUGACCAUGACUUGAAGCCUUCCUUGAAGGAUGUUGUGUGGGUCUGGCAUGGAAGUAUGCCACAACAGUCUCAACCUGCUUAGAUUUUCUUUCUUUCUCUUCUACUCAGAUGAGCUAAUUAGUUGCUCUAACAAGGAAAAUGAACCAGGUCUCUCUCUCUCUCUCUCUCUCUCUCUCUCUCUCUCAACCAUUUUUUUGUAGAUUAUUAUGGCAAAAUGGAACUCUAUAUUGGGGGUCAAACACCAGGGGCUUUUUGAGUUCUAACACCCAAGUUUAUGCAAACUUAUGUGAUUAUUUGCUUUC